GUUAUAGAGAGAUUAAAAGUGAUGGAUUUUCAGCAUUGUCAAGGUCCCCUGUAGGAAGAAAUAGUCCACUCAGCCACAGCCCUUUGAGUCAAGGCACCAGAAUUCUCUCACCCAGGGCAAGGAAACUACAAAGUCCUGUAGCGAACUCAGAAGAGGAUUACACCAUCAGUGGUACGUCGCCACGGAGAUAUGGCUCUCCCAUCAGUGGUACGUCGCCACGAAGAUACGGCUCUCCGACCAGCCUGGUGUUCAGCAGACGUGGAUUCACUGGUCAGUCUGCCGUUAGGAACUCCCCCAUUCAGGGUGAGUUCACACAUGUGUCUGCGAGUGCUGAUAGUGAGCGCACGCUCCUGGUCAAGGACUCUGUCCACCUGCUACGGCAGGAGAAGUUCCGCAGACCGCAGUCUGCCGGCAUUGAAGGAAGCAGCAAACUGAACUCUUUGGUCUUGGGGAACGGAUAUCUGGUCCACAAAACAUCACCGUCUAACCGGUAUGGUAGUCUCGGCAUGUUAGAAAACACUUCUAGUCAACCAGGUUUUCAUCCUAUAUCAAAUGAUUCACAUCACUCUAAUGUUCAGUCUUAUCAUGCAGAUGAUAUAUCAGGAUUAAAUAAUAAAUCAGCUCAGGAAUUUAGCAAUAAAGGAUUUUUUCGAAUUUCAAAUAGUCCGUUUCGAAGAGAAGAUCAUUCGAGACCAGUUUCUUCAAACGCAUCAAGCCGUGUUGUACCUAGAGAACAUGAUUUUUCUAGAAACUUAGAUAAUUCUCAUCAUGGAUUGGUUGAAGCUUCGUGUGAGGAGAAGAAUUCAUCAGAUGAGGAUCGUGUGAGUGAAAGAUCCGGGGAGGAAGAGGACAAGACAGCGCCAGAGAGGAACAAGGUGGAGACGAGGACGGAGGUGUACCACAGGCGCUGGUACCUGCUGGCCUUGUUUUCCUUCGCUGCCCUCAUCUGGAACGCGGUCUGGUCGACCUGGGGGCCCAUCGCUGAGGCUGCGGAGCUGGUGUUUGGGUGGGAUGAUGGAGACAUCGCCAUGUUUACCUGGCUGGGUAAUGUCCCUUUCCUGGUCACCAUGUUCCCCAUAGCCUACCUGAUGGAUGUUAAAGGACUAAGGUUCCCAAUGGUGCUUUGUUGUGGCCUAAUGUUCCUGGGCACUGGCUUAAGAUGUAUCCCCUGUGAUGUUAAGACAGCAAAAUGGUUGAUUAACGCUGGCCAGUUUAUAAAUGGGAUCGCAGGGACGGUCCCCAUCAGUGGCCCAGCCCUGCUCUCAGGCCUGUGGUUCCCACCCAAUCAGCGGGCCACGGCCACAGCGCUGUCCACAGUCCUGGGGUACCUGGGCGCUUGUGUCUCUUUCAUCGUUGGUCCAAUGUUAGUACCAACCCCACCAGAUGAUCCUCUACCCCCUACACCACCAGAUAAUGACUCAAUGCUAAACACAUUUGACUUGUAUGCUACAAAUGGAACUAAUGGCACAGAUUAUUCAGCCCAAAAAGAUGGAAUCAUGACGAUAAUGUACUUUGAGUGUGGAGCUGCUGGUCUACUGUUCCUGCUAGUGGCCAUCUACUUCCCCUCCAAGCCUCCACUUCCACCAAGCAUAUCUGCCUCCAUCCCUAGAGAAAAGUAUUUGCCAGGACUGAAGAUGCUUGCUAGAAACAAACAGUUUUGGCUGACUGCUAUAGCCUACAGUGUACCUAUAGGUGUGUAUGAGGUGUGGCAAGUUGUGUUAGAUGUCAACCUGGAGUCAAGGGUCACACAGGAAGAGGCUGGUUGGAUGGAUUUUUAUGCCACUAUAGGUGGAUGUGUUUCUGGGAUGCUUGUCUGUAGGUUUGCGGACAUAUUUACACGCCAGAUUCGAUUAUUUCUGGUUGUGUUUUACUUCUUCUCAGCUGUGGCCAUUUUGUGGUGCACUCUUGUAUUUUUAGACAUCUUGCCGUUUGAUCUCGUCAGCAUUUAUGCAGCAAUAGUCAUUGGAGGAGUUUUCCUUGAUGGUGGGGCCCCGUUGUUCUUUGAGCUAGUCAUUGAAGUCUCCUACCCUGUGGGGGAGGGCGUGACCUCUGGCUUGCUACAGAUGAUGUGCUCUCUCUCUGGCAUUGUCUUCCUCAGUCUGCUUGAGGUCGAGUCAAUAGGAAAACAAUGGAUGAACUGGUGCUUCUUUGGGUCAGUCACCAUGGCUGUCCCCCUGCUGUUUUUCAUCAAAACGUCGUUUGGCCGUGCAGAUAUUGAUGAUAUUGAAGUGGAUGUGCCUGAUGAAGAGGAGUCCCGUACUACAGCAGAAUUGAAUGACGAUUACGAAAAAGCUUCUUUGUUGAAAUCAGUGAAAACUUAAUGGAACUUCUGUGCUGUUAUUUUUUUUUUUUUACAGAAAUGCUGUAAUGUGAUUACAAUGUAUCUAACUUACAUUGAAUAACUAGUC